AUGGUUGGUGCUGCUAACGAACUGAGAGAGAUGGUGGAAGGUCUAGAUGCCAAUCAAUUACGUAAGUUCUGCGGGGAAAAGAAAAUUCAGUGGAUCUUCACUACACCAGCUGCGCCACACCAAAAUGGAUGUGCAGAAGCCCUUGUAAAGAGCUGUAAAAAAUCACUUAAGAUAGCAAUUGGCGAGCAGCUUCUAACGCCUUUUGAGCUGUACACCUGUCUUUUAGAAGUUGCAAACUUAGUGAAUCAACGCCCCAUCGGUCGCAUUCCCACUGAUCCAGAUGACGGAGCCUACCUGUGUCCGAACGACAUGCUCCUUGGAAGAGCAACACCAGAAGUACCACAAGGUCCGUUCAAAGACACAAGAAACCCACGCAGACGAGUGGAGUUCGUGCAAAAAAUUGUCGACUCGUUCUGGAAGCGUUGGACUAGGGACGUAUUUCCUGUCCUAGUACCGAGAAAGAAGUGGCACGUGGAGAAGCGAAACGUACAAGUUAAUGACAUAGUAACAGUGGCUGAGCAAAAUGCAGUAAGAGGCAAGUGGGCAGUGGGCCGAAUAAUCGAAGUUUAUCCUGGACCAGAUGGACGAGUUCGUAAUGUUAAAGUCAGAACAGCCACAGGAGAGUACAGCCGUCCAGUUACAAAGAUUGCAGUCAUUCACCCUGUAGAAGGUGACGACUGA